ACUGGCAUCUGACGAGUCUACCAAUGCUGAAACCCAGAACAUCAUGACCCUCACUGCUAUCUUAGAAUGAUUUUGUUUUUGCUUAAUUUUAAUAAUAUUUUAUGGAUUCUGACAUUGAAGUUAUUUUCAGCUUUAUAUAUUGAAAUUAUACAUAUAAUAAAUGACAAAUGAAUUUAUGAAUGCCUGUUGUAGCAUACAUCUGCUGUAUGGAAUUUGGUAUUAAUUAAAUUUAUUUUGUUGCUAAACUUAAGGCUGAGAAUGAAUAUAUGAUUAGAAGAAAACAUGUUGCAUAAUUUACUACUACACUGUAGCUUAUGUUGAAAUAAGAAUGUUGAAGAAACAAUAAACAUUUCAAUCUUAUGUGGAUUUUGAUGUUGGUUAGAUGAUUGAUAUAUUUUCUUAAUGAAAACUUAAUAUAAUGGAGACUGUAUAACUUAACAUUCUUUGUUUCUUCCAACUUUCACUUAUUUUGUAUUAUGUGAUUUCAGUCACACAAAAAAGAAGGGAGUGCUGUUACAAAUUUAUUCCUAUCCUUGCCAAACUAGUAAAUAAUACACUAAGAAUAAGUGGUUGAAGUAGUUAAAUCUGUAGGUCUGUGCCCUAGUUUUAUACUUUUGUGUGUUAUAAUUCCGAAGUAAAGUAGCCAAGUUAAUAAGUUUCUGUUUUGGUUAAUAAAGGUAUUGCAGAUUAUUAAGUAAAAUCUAUUUCCUUUUAAAAAUUAUUAAAGGAAAAGUUAUGUAACACUGGUAAUUUUCUUGAAUUGCAAAUGUCUCCAGUGCACACUAGAACUCAAAAAGGUCCAGAACUGAAUUUUUAAGUGCAGCUUGUAUGUGUACAAAAUUUCUGUAACUAUGUUGAACAUUAUCCAAUCAUUCUCUUUGGUAUGUUUGAUAUGCACAUACUAAUGUUUUAGAAUUUGACUCUGCUUGUUUUUAAGAGACUGGUUGUCAUUGACUGGAAGUAAGGUUAGUGGUUUCAUAUGAUACCAGCUUCUGACAUUUGGCAUAUUUAAACAUAGUAUUGGUAUGAUUUUAGAAGUAGGUAAUAAGACCUCAGCCUUUAGGUUUUAUGUAAGACCUUUGGCCCAAGUGGGUAAAGUAGCGUAUAUUUGCACAUUUUUAAUCUUAAAAUGUAUCUGUAGAUUGAUAAAGUAAAAGAAUAACCAGUUCAUUAACAAGAAAAAUAUGUUCAUUGUUUAAUAAGAAGAUUGGUGAUACUGAGUCACAGCUGUUUUAACUUUGUAUGUAAUUUAUAAUGAGUUAACUUGAAAUUUUGUGACUUUCUUCCAUUUAUUGAUAGGAUGUCUUAACAGUUUAUGAAUGUUAGGGACCACACAUUUGUCUGUUUUCUUUAGUACAGGGAUGCCUAACUGGUGGUAUACAAAUUGUGCUUUAUCUGGUCUGAGUGUUUUUAUCAAAGCAGACCACCUUCACAUAUCAAGGACUUGUUGCUUUCCCUAAAUUCAGUGAACUUUAUUUCCAUCUGGUACAUGCAACAUGUAGUGUAUUGUAUGUACAUUAUGUUAGCAGAAAGACUUGGUAAAAGCCUGAUGAAUUGCUGACUUAUAAAUAUAUCAUUUCAGAAAGACUACAUUGAGUAAGAAUGACAUAUACAAUUAUAGUGAUAGUAAUAAAGCCUAUACUAUUUAUUAUUUUAUUUUUAAAUUUGCCUGUUAUUAUGUUAACCCAGUGGCAUACAUUGAUGGCUUUGGGAUAGCCUCUGGUUAGCAUUGGUACUUUUACAAAUGUUAAACAUUAUUGGAUGAAACUGGGGAUAAUGAUGCUAUUCUUCUGGGUUUUGGCACUGUGUAGGCUCAUCAGAGGCAGUAUUUUGGAGAAACAUAGUCUCCAUCUUUAGGGCUGAAGAUGGCGACACUUUGUUUCUGUGGAAUGCUGACAUCUACUGACAAGUCUCCGUGGUACCAAAACACAGAAGAACAGCAUCAUUGUUCUCACUACUGUGAAAACCUCAAAUCUCACAAAGUUGAGAUAGUUACAAGUUUUGACAUGUUCAUUAUACUGCUACAGAUGUUUUGAUUUGAGGUAUUAAUUUUUAAAUCUUUUAAUUCAUUUUACAUAAGAAUUUUAAUAGAUAAAUUCAAAGUGUGCCAAGAGGUCAGCAUUAUAAAUAAUGAAAAAAUGCUUUCGCCUCCACAGUAAGAUAGGGGUCACUGCCAUCUUCCACAGAAAGUAUCUUUUUUCCUUUUAUCAACCAUGUGACACAGCUUACAUUCAGUCCAGUUGUCUGUGCAUUACAUAACAUACCACUAAACCAUUAUGCCCAGAGUUAAAAUUAGGCUUGCAGACAUGUAGUUUCAGGAUUUAAAUCCUUUGUUCCUGUAUAAUGCAGAUUAAUCAUUGGAUCCUUCACUCAUUCAUAGUACUCUAAUACUCCAUGUAGUGGCAUAUAUUUAGCACCUCAUUUGUGAAGUAUAAGACCAAAAUAUUGUGUUUCUGACAUGUUAAUCUUGUGAAUCGAGUAUUCUUUAAAAAUUUGUCACUGAAAAUGAGUUGUUCUGUUGUAUGUCAGCCACUUAGAAAAAUGGUAUAUUUAGUGGAAACAUCUUUUACCGAGUCAUGUACAUAUUGUACUCAAACAAUGUUAUCCCUACUUUUAUAAAUAUACAUUCUUGCGUGAGACUUUCUCAGAAAUAAUUUCCAGAAUACAUUGCAAAGUAAAAAGCUGAAAAGCCCAUUUCAACUCAUGUUAUGACUGGAAUUAAUCUGUAGAGGCUAUUGCAGUUUGAGAGUAUCAUAUAACAUGAUUUGUAAGAAGUGGCAAAUGUGUGAUUAGAUUUCAAAUAUGUAUCACUCGUUCAGUGCAUGUCUUAGGAAUGCGGACCCAGUAUUUGGUAAGAGCAUGACUGCUUUAUAUCAAGUAUUGAUAUGUAACAUAUGUAAGUCAGUACAGUAGUCUCUUCAGAGACAGUAGUAACUGUAUAAGUACGAAACAACAGUGAUGCUUAUUUCUAAACCAGAAGUGUUUACUGUCUAAUACAUAUAUGUUGAUUGUGUUUGCGCCUGAAUCACUGCCUCAGUGUCAGGUAACAAGAAUAUACCUAAACUGAUAGCAUUUUUAAAUCUGAAAGUUUUCAUACUCAUAUUGAUCUCAUUAAAAUCUCAACUUAUGACAUUUUUCAAACUGCUUAAUGAGAUAGUAUUAUUAUAGAUUGUAAGUUCAGUAUAACUGUAAAAUUGUUAUGAAAUAUGUUAUAACAAUCAUAUUGGUACCUAAUUCAUAUAUCUUUAUGUCAUUAUAGAAUAGACAUUUAUGUGUGCUUGUUCCUGAUACUGUUGUAACACAUAAAUAUAUUUUAUUUGCACAUUAUCUGUUGCCUGUAAUUAUAAUGAUUAUAAAAAAUCCAAAAAGUUACCUGUUGAGUUUUUUAGAAGUUGAGAUCCAGUGACAGUUCCAAAGAAAGGGGGAUAAAUUUACAGUCUUCUUCAAAAUGAUUUAUUUAAAUGGAAUAAGAAGUAUAACUUUUAAAUACAUUUUUGUUGGGUUCAGUUUCUUCUGUAUGAAGGAAAUUACGACAAGAAAUAUGUCAAACCAUGACAUUUCAUAUCUGCUUAAAGACAUGGCACAUAUAAAGUACUUCAGAUCAAAAAGCAUUUGGCAUUUUAUUCUUUCUUAAGUUAGAGGCUUGGUUCACAAGUUUGAUUAUCUGAUCCAGUAAAUAAAGGGAAAUUAAAAUGUUUAGAGUAAGAUAAUUAAACUUCUAAUUAAAUACACAUUACUAUAGUAAUAUCAGUCAUUCCAUCUAAUGAACCUUGGAUAAACUUUUCUGUACAUCAGCGUAGUGUGUUCAAAUCUAAAUGGAUGUUCUUCAAGUUAAUAGACAUGUCACUUUGACAUGUCGAAGGAACACUGGAUAAUGUUAGAAUGAAUUAAUGUUUCCAAAAACAUUAAUUAAUUCUAAGUUCACGGUCAAGAAUGCCUGUGGAUAUUUGACUACUGUGAAUUACACUUCCAAUGUUAUAUGACAGAACAUGGAGAUACCUAUAGCAAUCAACUGGUUGCUAUGGCAACAGAACAGUUUACAUUCAUUGAUGGUAGCUGAGUAGCAUUUUGUUAGAUAAUUAUGUAGAGAUUUGUUGUUACGAUAAUUGUGCAGAAUUAUUUCUAAGUAAUUUGAAAGAUAAAAUUCUUUUCUGUGAACAGAAUGCUUCGAAAUGUCCAGUUGCCACUUCUGCCAGGGACUUCAUUUAAAAUAAAUAUUGGACAAACAAAAUUUCACAAGUCACAACAUUUUGAACAUAUUAACAACAUGCCUAUCCUAACAGAAAAAGUUAAACUUGGUUUAAAGUUUCCUUCUGUGUUUGCCAGAGGAGAAGCUGCUGAACUUCCAGCUUGGAUAGCAUUUGAUAAGCAGGUGCUGUGUUUUGAAGCUUUCUUCCAAGAAGCAGCACAGGAAAGGCCAGGUUAUACUUAUCAUAUUCGAAAAGUGAAGAUUUUCUUGUUUAUGGAAGAUGGAACAAUUCAAGUUUUGGAACCAACCAUUAACAACAGUGGAAUUCCCCAAGGAACAUUAAUCAGUCGUCAAAGGAUUCCGUUUCCAGCACCACGGAAUGAAGACUUCUAUGACAUUCUUGACUUCAACAUUGGAAAAGAAGUGGAGCUAUUUGGACGAGUAUACAAAAUUACAAACUGUGAUAGAUUCACAAGGAUCUUCCUCAACAGAGUUGGAAUUCAUGUACCUGAUCCCAUUAACAUACCACCCGAUCCUUAUAGUGUACAACGAGAAAAGCUGUCUGAGGGAAUGGUACCUAAGAAGCCCAGCAGACACAUAGACAAAUUGGGUCAGUUUCUUGAUUUUGAUCGUAAAGUGCUGAGGUUUUAUGGCUAUUGGGAUGAUCGUGAGAGUCUCAAUGGAAUGUUACAUGAUCUUGAAAUACAUUAUUAUUUGGCUGAUGAUACUAUUGAGGUCAAGGAGAAUAUUCCACCAAAUUCAGGGUGUGACUCAGGCUUCAUGUUUUUACACAGGUGUAAGCUACUUAAGGUUUAUGAGGAACUCCCUUCUCUGGGAUACAAUGAUCCACACACUGUACUGAACGUUUUGAGCACAGGCUUUCUGAAGGGGCGUUACUUGGUGGAUGCCCUCAACUGUGGUCAGCAGUCUGUUGAAUACUAUGAAGACUCUGAUCUUGCCAUUGGUGCAGUCAUUAAUGUCUAUGGCAGGAAGGUUGUACUGACUGAUUGUGAUCAUUUCACUAAGGAAUAUUAUGCAAAGAAAUAUGGUCUUGAUGAUUUCACACCGCAUGAACGUCCCAGAGCAGACAGUGGAGUUGUGAAAAAACAAACAUACCCACUACCUCCAUACAAUGGAUUUGGCACACAUGAAGAUUCAGCAGCCAAUUGCAGAAAUGUUAUUCCAGUUCAACCACAUAGACACUUCAAAAAAGUUUUGAACAAGGACAGGCAAGGUUUAAAUAGCCAUAUCUUAAGAUUCAGAGCUGAAUUGAUCUCCAAAAUUCCAGCAGAUAAGGAUCGGCAGUUUGUCAUUAGUUACUAUCUUUCUGAUGACACCAUUUCUGUGUAUGAAAAUGCAUUACACAAUACAGGUUUCAUUGGUGGGGAAUUUAUUAAACGGACUCAGAUACCAAAACCAGGACAAGAAAUAUAUACUUCUGAACCUCCUGAAUAUUUUGGGCCACAGGACUUCUAUGUUGGCAACACACUCCUCCUGUAUGGUUUUGAAUUUUUAAUGGUUGAAGCAGAUGAAUAUACAUUGCAAUAUAUGGAACUUAACUGUCAAGUGUUCCCAAAGAGUAACAUCAUACUGAUAAAGAAUAAGAUUCGUGAAGCACUGAAGCCCAUAUAUAAGCAGUUUGUAUGUGAAUUUCUAAAGACAGAUCCAGAUCAGAUAGGUGUAAUUUGUUAUGCCAAUCUUAGCAAGAAGCUGAAGGAGAUUAUGGGUGAUAGCAUCACUCACCAUGAACUAAUUACUCUUGCUCGUCACUACAAUGCUCAGUGCAAAAAGGAAUGGUAUACAAAAGAAUCUCUGAGGUCUGUUGUCCAUACAGAAAUGAAGCGCUUCCUUUUUAAUCAAAUGGAGCGUUUACAUGAAAGCUUUCUUCAGCAAGACCCUAAUCGCAGUGGGUAUAUAUCUAGAGAUACAGCCUACGCUGUAUGUCGAGGUGCCAAGCUGCCUAUCACCAGAGAACUACUUAAUGCUGUCUUGGAUAAAAUUUUUAAGAAUGAAGCUGGAGAAAUUGACUACAGGGAUUUACUAGGAUUUCUAGAUCUGAAGCAAAGUCCUCCAUAUCCUACUGUGCCUACAGAUACCCAGUAUGAGUUUUCAUUAUUUGCUAACAAACCAGAGAGUCGAGUUGGUCCAUUAGUAGAUUAUCAAGCUUUUCUCAAGGAUGUUGAUUUGGAGAAGCAGGUUGUUGAAGAAAGUGGAUAAUGAAAUCCUGUGGAAUUAUUUAUCUUCCUGUGAGUAAUUUUAUCUCUUUCAGACUGAUCCAUAGCAUCCGCAUAUGUGUCUUAAUUUUAUCAGAGUAAACUCUAUUGUGAGAUGAAUUUUCAAGUGAAGUGGUUUAUGAAAUUAU